CGCGCGCAUAAAAGCUCUCCGCCGCCUCUCCGUCGCUGCACCUCAGGAGCACUUGCGGGGCGGGACGCGCGGCACGAGCAGACAUGGGCAGGGCGCUGGCUUGGCGGCUCGUCUUCGGGCUUUUUCUCCUGGCGCUGCUUUCACCCUCUCAGGGAGGAGAAAAUAAAACAGCUACUGACCCUCCGCAUAAUCACUCAUCUGUGACUCCUAUGUCACUUAACAUAAACACCACCACCAAGGGACAUGGAAAUUGUCUUCAGUCAACCACCGGCCUCUUCAUUCUCUCAGUCUCUCUCCUGUACUUUUGUUAAAGCAUCUGGUCUUGGGAAAACAACAUCCUUCCCUACCGAGUUCCCUGAUUCAUCUAAGAUGGUGAGAUCUUCAUAUUCUGAGAAUUAAAAAAAAAAAAAAAACCAGCACAAAAUACUUGUAUCCAGCCAGUGCAGUUAAGCAACAAUCCAGUCAUUGAUACCAAUUUGAUCAAAAGUCUUGGUAAGAAUACCUGGUGAAUUGAAUCAAUCUUCCUUCAAAAGUAACCUGAUUCGCAAGGCAGCCUAUGGAUUCCAACAUUCAACACCUCGAACUUGUAUUACAAGAGAAAUACAACUUGACAAGCCAUGGAUCAUGCCUUCUAAGGGGAAAGAGUUGAUACGAUCAAGCUAUGCAAAAUAAGGAGCUUAAUUUGAAAAUGAUGCUCAUCCUCUUUAAGUUUAUAAAACCAAUAAAAAAAAUAACGCUGAAACUGGGUUUUUUCCCCCUCAAUUUAAGAUACAAGGAUAUCUAGCGGAAGUCAUUCUAAUCAGAAUUUUACUAUGGAAUUUCCCAGUUAAUCCACUGAUUAAAAAAAAUUGUUAUAGUCCAAAAUGGAAGUUUGCAUAAUUUAAAACCAAUUGGAAACAUUUGCUGUAUUUUUUUUUUUCAAUUUUAUUAAAGC